AAAAGUUUCGAAUUUCGGCCUGCAUAAAGGAACUUGCCGUGAGAAAUAUUCCUUCGUCGUCAGUUAUUAUAAAGGGAGUGCAGCGUUAGAUUUCUGACACGAAACACCAGUUUCAUUCUUGAAAUAAACGAUUUGAUUGAAAAUCAACGUGAUUUAUGGCUUCGCUAUCCCCAAUUUGAAAGUCACUGUUAUACGGCGCACGCGCAUUUCUCAUCUCGCAAAGGGAACUCAUUAUGUAAAAUGCGUGACACUGUGGUUAGCCCGCUCCUUUCGCAAACUUUCACUGACAGGAUUGGAGCAUUUCAUCAAAAAGGAGUGCAGCACCAACGACCAUUGUACACUAAGUUGUCAAAGCACCAUGGAUAUGAUGAAGUUGUUGCUUACGCUUGUUCUGAUGAUGGAUAUGUCCUUCCGAUUCGCAGACGCGGGUGAUUUUGCACUCCUUGUUGACAUUGCCAAUGCCACCAUCUACGCGGGUAGCAUGAGCCAGAGGCUGGCAGACGCGGAGGCCCUGCCACUCAGCGGUUUAGUCAGCCCCGUAGCCGUGGACUACGAUCCGGUAGAGAAGAUGGUGUACUGGACUGACAAGGGCAGCCAACCAACUCACAAGAUCUCACGAGCGCGCCUUGAUGGCAGCAACCAAAUGAUAGUUGUAGAAGAUCUUCGUACACCACUGGGAAUGGCUCUGGAUGUGGAAUCUAGAAUGCUGUACUGGUCAGAUUUUGCUUUGGAACACAUCGGCCGUGCCCGAAUGGACGGGACUGGGAGCAAGGAGAUUAUUGUUGACAAUCUGGACAGUCCUCAAACCAUAGUUGUUGAUCACCGCAAUGGACACAUUUACUGGACGGACUGGGGGCUUUCUCGGAUUGAGAGAGCCAACCUGGAUGGAAGCAGUCGACAGAUAAUCAUUGAAACUGACUUGGGCAUUCCGCACGGGGUCGCGAUUUACGGCAAGUAA